CCAGUCACUUACCAAAAGAUUUCCCGCCAGAAGUUGUUAGAACCCUAACUGAUUAACUGAAACCCCAUAUCCUUAUUAAGAUAUUCAUCCAAGAAGCCACUUGAAAUGUUUUAUUUCAUCAAAUCAAUCUCUCUUGAGAAGCUUGAAGAAAAGAAAAAAGAGUUUAAGAUGAUGAGAGGCGGCAGCCAACUUCCAGUUUCGAUACCGGCCGGAAACCCCGCGAAGAAGGAAAGAGGAGCUUCUCGCUCCGGAGUGUUCCCAUUGGCUGAGAUUUGGAUCCAUGCCAUUCCCGUCGUCGUGUUGAUUUGCUUCUUCACUCUGUGGUGGAUGUCUCGCCCAGUGAAUGUAGAGAUGGAGGAUGGGAGAAUUGUGGCCAUACAUCAUGUCGAGAUGCCAUUGCCCCUUAGUAAGUCUCAUAUUGAUGUAUCCCUCCUGGCAUCACCGAUUGCCCCACUCCCAGUCCCACCUGAGAAUGGAACAGUAAUCCGUGAAUCGUCUUUUCUUGCUUCCGAUUGA